AAUCUUAAUCUCUAUAGCAAACCAAGAUGUCCCUAAGGAGGUGGAUGGACUUGAACAGCAUUCAGUCUGGUUACAAAACGAUCUAGAUCUGACUGUUCCUGUGUUGGAGGUUUUGUGGCUGUUUAAAAACAAAGAAAGAGAAGUCAGACUGGCGUAUUUUCGGAAGCCGCACUUUGAGAUCAGAAUUCUUCAGUUCCACAACCGACUGGAACUAUUAGACAGCGGAACAACACUACGAAUCAGUGACCUGAGGAUGGAAGACAGUGGGAUCUACACAGCAGCCAUUACUUAUACUGACAAUGAAACAAAGAGACUCACGUUUAAUCUCACUGUGUAUGAGCCUGUCCCUACCCCACACAUAUGGAUAGAAGGGAAGAAGCAAACCACUGAGUGGUGCAAUUUUACUGUUCGCUGCUCUGUCAAAAAUAACGACUCAGCACUUACAUUUACCUGGAUAAACAAACCCAAUAAGACUGAAUAUCUGGCCUUCAGCAAUGGGACAGUUGUGGCAUCAGUGGAAUCACCAACAUCGGACAAAGAAUUUCAUUGUUUGCUGGAGAACCCCGUGGACCAAAAAAAUGCCUCGAUCCAUGUUCAAACAAUCUGCUCUACUCCAGAUGGAAUUUGCUGGAUAAAAUUAUAUAUUAUUCUUCCUGUUCUUGCCGUACUCUCUGCUACUGUGCUAUGUGUAUCAAAAUAGAAACAACAAAUCCACCACAGAACCAAACUGCCAAAUGUCUGCUUUAUGGUGUUGGCUCACCCUUUCUGGAACCCUUUAAAUCAGUACAAUUGGGAAGUAUGGGACUAAGAUGAUGGCUUUUCUAUAUGUUAGUCCUUUAACAUUCGUAGCUAUGUAUAGGUAACGUCUAUGGUAAUAGCAGAACAUUAAUCUGAGCUUUCAGGGUACUUUGAAGGCAGGCAAUAUAGGUAAAGGAGUGCUUGCUCAGUAGAGUAGAGAUGGCUGGUUCUGUUGCUGGUAUAAAGGAUCUCAGUGAGUAACAGUCCCAGGAGAUUGAUGCACCAAACAUUAUCCUGGAUCUGCUUCCCAGGCAAAGUAUGAAUACUGGAGACUGAAUGGCAAGUUAGACAGACCAGAUCAGUAUUAACAAGUUACCAAAAUCUCAACCACAGGGGUUUAUUACAUUAAUUAAAAGCGGUGGAUAAUGUUUUCUGAUUAAAUGUAAAACUUCUGUAUAUACAAUUCAGUAAUCUAUAUAUAGUGAAUUAACAUGGCAGAAUAAAGUAUUAUAAGGUUCAUAAAGCACAA